UAUGCUGGCUUCAAUGUUCCAAAAACACAUUUCAGCUUUGAACCGAAGUGCGCUGAUUUUGAGAGAGACUGGAUGCGGUGUGCUAAGGGUCUUGGGUACACAAGAGCCUUCAAGGAAUGCGAUUUUGAAUACUCAGACUUCAUAGAGUGCGUGCGAGAUACUAAGAAGAAUAACCGCUAUAUUGCAAUCAAAAAGCAGAGAGCUAAGUUAAUCAAGGAAGGAAAGUACACGCCACCACCGUACCCUACAGAACAACUUAACUGAGGAAUACUUUUACUCUCGUAAUGGAAAUGAGUCUCAGUCGCAACAAUUGUAUGGUUUUCAUUAGGAAUUUGAACUUGUUGUGAAACCAUAGCAAUAAACUUUUAAAGUAAUGAAUAUUCAUUGUGGGGACAGUGAUGGUUAUCAGCCUUCUGAUGGGAGUCUAUUGAAUGCACUGUGUAAUGAUAGCAGGUUUUAGUAAAGAAUGUGUAUGAUAUGCUAAUGAUUAUUGUAAUUCAGUAGCUGUGAUUGUUUAGAUAAUUUGACUGCAGUAGGAUGAAGCUGGGUAUUGUUGCUGAUUAUUGUUUAUUUCGUUUUUACAUUGAUCUUUUACCAUAAAACACAUGCAUGGAAGUCCCUGCUUCUUUUCUUGCUGUCACAGACUCUCAAUGCAAAUUUUCCCUUUUCUGACUUGCUGAUGCUUCAAGUAAACUAUAAAAUCAAAUACAAA